AUGACCAACAGCAACAGCACUAUCCUCCAGAGCCUCGAGUGGCGCCGUUUGCGAGACCGCCAAGCCGCUCUCGAGCAAGACCAAAAGGCCAUGGAGCAGGAGCGCAACGAGUUGGAGCAGCAAAAGGCGCAGGUAGCCCGGGCGUCGUCGGCGGUCAAGACGAGGGAGUGGGCGGUGUCGCGGCAGGAGGCUGCGCAGCUGUCGCAGGAAAAGGAGGUGGAGGAGGUGGUGGUGGACGAGGGCAAGGGCACCGCGGUCAGCGCAUCGUGUCGUCGUUGUGGUACGAAAGCGCGAGCCGAAGCAGAAGCCGACCUGCGAGCAUCCGUGUACGAGGAAUUCCGCGCGAAGCAGGACCACCUGGACGCCGCGCACACCGCUCUCGCGGCCGACGAGGCGGCUUUCCGCACCGACGUCGCGGCGUACAAUGCGUGGGCGGCGGCCAUGGUGGCGUGGUGCGCUCGUGAGCGGAGGGUGUUGCGCGAGUGGCGAGAUGCCCUCCGUGUCUGUGCUGGUGAGUGGAGGCAGACAGGCCUGGAUUUGAUGCAGAUGAUGGCGGCCCAGCGCACCGAGGACGGCGAGGAUAGCUUGGCCACACCGCCGCCGGGUGAGCCCAUCCCGUCCUUCACCACUGGUUCGAGCGGUGAUGACUUGGUCGAGUGA